AUGAUUACCUUGCUGGGCCGCAGGGUCUGCCGGACGCCAUCGAUUCCCGCCUCGCCCGGCUCAAGCAUUGCUGGCUCGUCCCGCGGCACCAGUGAGCCGGCGGCCCUGUCUCAAAUCUCGCUAGAUAGAGCCGUUAUCUCCUCCAGCAUGCUAACCAGGCGAGAUAAAUCCGAAAUGGUGGCCGAGCUGCGGGCGCUGAUUAGGGAGGAGAUUGCCGCGGUGCGUGCGGAUCUUACCGCCCUGGAGCACCGCGUAGAUGCCCUGGAUGCCGACAGCAAGCAGUGGACCUGGCGAUCACCAGGCAGGGGAACCUACUCCUAGACCUCCGCCGUCAGGUCGAAGACCUCGAUAAUAGAGGUCGGCGGAACAACAUCAGGAUCCUGGGGUUGCCGGAGGCUGAAGGGGAGCUGCCACACGAGCUACUUACCGGCUUGUUCUCGCACCUACUGGGGGAGGCGGCGCCAGAAGACUUCGGCAUUGAGCGGGCACAUAGGGCUCUGCGCACGCCCCGGCGUGAUGGUGUGCCGAGGGACUUGAUUUGCGCCCUGGCGUCAUUCCCGCUCAAGGAAGAGCUGAUGAAGGCCGCGCGCUCCCGCCCUGACCUCCGCUAUAUGGAUGCCCCGGUGGCCUUGUAUCAUGACCUGUCGCAGACCACCUUGGAUGCCCGGCGGGCCCUGAGGCCGCUUACCCGCCUGCUCCAGGAAAGAAGAAUCCCAUACAAGUGGGGCUUCGCCUUUAGCCUGCAGGCCCGGGUGGGCAAUAUGUGGCAUAUGCUCCAAUGGCCCAAUGAUGUCCCCCGGAAUGCUGGCCUCCCUCAUAUCGCCAUCCCGAAUUGGAUCCUGGUGGGGCCUCCGGCUCGCGCUGUGGGUCCCGAGGAGGCAGCACAUAACCUUCAUCUGGAACUGGAGCUUCCACGCCGCAGAGGAGGGCCGAAUGGCCCAGAAGAGUAG